AUGCCUAAGCGCGACUCGCUCAGCGACUCGGCUGAGGCGGAGCAAGACGACUCUCUCGUCGUGCAUCCCGCGACCCAGGCUGCCGACGCCGAAGGCGAGUCUGAAGUUGCCGACAACGCGAGCGAGUCGGAAGAUGAAGGCGGUGUCGACUCGCAAGGCUUUUGGGAGGCCGAAGCGAUCCUCGACGAGACUCGCAGUCAGUACUUGAUUGCUUGGAAAGGCGUCGACGAGAAGGGUAACCAGUGGAAGCCGACCUGGGAACCGAAAGAGAACGCCAACGAGCAGCUCAUCAACUCUUGGACGACGACUGGACGCGCGAAGCGGAAGGCUGACAAGAAGCGCAAGCUCGAGGAGAAGGCUGCGCAAAAGGCGGCUAAGCGAGCGGCGAAGGAGGCCAGUCGCAAGCGCGCGAGCACGUCGAGCACCAAUUCGCCCUCCGUCUCGGCAGGACCGUCGCGUCAAGUUUCGGUAGAAGUCGAGAUCCCCGUCGAACGAUCAAGCACCAAGCGCAAGAUGGUUGUUCCCUCGUCAGAUGGUCCUGUUCCGACACGACCAAAACCGCUCAAGAAGAAGGCCAAGGUCGCGUCUCCAGCGGCGCCGGUCAAGGCGAAGAAGCAGGUCACGUUCGAUGUUGUGAUCGACGAUAAGGACGACGAGCCGGUCGUCGAGCAGGAGCAGGCGAAGGCGGAACCCGCUGAGGAGGCACCUGUCGCUUCGUCAGGCUCGAGCGCGGCGUCCGUCAUUCCCGACUCGCAGGCAGUUCCCGUCGCAACGCUCGCCAAGGCGGUCGUCGUCCGCUUCGACCCGGCCGACGAGCCUUCUCCGCCGCCCGCAACCACGUCGCAGCCGCGCUCUUGCACGGCCAUGCACUCGCCAGCAACGAGUCAGUCCGACCUCGAGCCGCACAACCACGCCGAUGCCGACGACGAUGUCCCCAUCUUCGACCCUCUCCGCCGCGACGACCGCAGCUCGUCUCCUCAACUCGUCACUCGCCGCCAAUUCGGACCCGUCCCUAUCCCGCCAGUUUCCGCUUUCAACGUCCCCGAAGAGACGGUCAUCCGCUCUUCCCAGUUCGACCCGAUCGAAGACCCCGACUCGUCCCCUCACUGUUCCCCUCUGCGCCGUCAACAGACCUGCCGGGCUACAGACGGCGCUAGUCCUCGUCCUCGACCUGCCAAAGCCCGCCUCGAGCUCGUCGCGGCAGACGAGGACGACACGCCCAUGUCUUCGUUCGAGGCGGAGGUCCAGUCCAAUGCGGCUGCGUCAUACGUUUCGCUGCCGCUCAGCGAUGCGCCGAUCGUGCAGGCCUUCGCACGAGCUGGCGGCGGAGCACGCGGCCGGCAGAUUGUCACUCGCCCUGCGCCCGUCAAGCGUCCACUCGGCCGCGCGCCAUCUCCGGCUCGCGUUACCGGCGAAGCGACCGACGGAGACGGCAUCGUUGUUGCCGCGCGUGCCGCAGUCCGCUUGCCGUCGCCCGAAGCGGAGAACGAAGAGAUGCUCCCCGCAACGCAGGACAACGACCUCGGUGGCGCAGCGCAGGAGUUCUUCGACGAGAUUUUCGACUACGACCAGGGUGUAGCGAUGACGCAGCAGGCGGUCAAGGUGAAGGGGAAGGAACCAGCGAAGGAGGCGGAGGCAGAUGCGGGAGAGGGGUAUCCUCCGACGAAUGGAGGAGGGCACUACCAGCAACAGUCGUACUCGCAUCAGUCUGGCAGUUCGGCUCAGCAGCAGCAGCAGCAGCAGCAGCAGUACGGCGGCCAACCCGGAUACGGGUACGGCGCGCCUUCGCACGCCCCGGCCGUUCCAGGCGGGUAUGGCUACGGUUCGGCGCCGACGAUGCCUGGCGGCGGCUUCCCUUCGGUCCUCGCGCCUCUCCAGGGCUACCCUCAGCAGCAUCAGCAGCCGCCGAAGCGGGAACUCGAGGAGGAGCAGGAGGCCGCUAGCAAGAAGGCUCGUCUGGACCAGCAGCAGCAGCAGCAGCAGCAACAGCGACAGCAGCAGCAGUAUGCUCAGCCUUCGGCCUACCACCACCAAGCGCAUGCCUCGCCGUACCCCGCCGCAGCGCACGCCCACUCGCCUUACUCCGCCAUGCCCCAGUCUCUCUCCUCUGUUCCGCCACCUCUCGCCUCGAUACCCUCGACAUACAGCGCGUAUCAUCAGCAGCAGGCGCACUCCGCCUAUGCCCAGCAGCAACAGCCAUCCGCUCGCCCUCCUGCGCUCAACGUACAGUCGCCCACCCCGUCUGCGCCUGCACCUCCCCCUGCACUCGCUUCGCCGUCUCUCGCUCGUGUGCAGAACUCGGAAGCAUACAUGGCCCCGAGUCCGCAACGAACAGCUCUGCCGCUUUCUUCGCCCAGCGGUUUCGUUCCAGGAUCCGCCCUCCGUUCGCCUUCGCCGCUUCCACCGCCUGUCGCCAAUACCGUCUCCUCACCUGCACCGGCCGCUCAACCAUCCACCGGCGGCAGCUACGUCUCGCGAAACAGCUCGCCUGCACCGGGAGGAGCCAAGGUCGACGAGGUCAUCGCACUCGUCAGGCAAUCUCCGCACAUCGUCGCUGAUGGAACCAAGGAGGAGAUCGAGAAGUUCUUGCGCGAGCCAAAGGCUUACAGCGUCAACCCAAACGCGCCUCUCCUCCGCAUCGAGUUUUGGGCGUUUGAGCUGCGCCGCCACACCGUCGAAGGCGUUGAGAAGAUCGACUUCAUCAUCCUCCGUUCGCGCGAGGGGACCUUUCAGCUGAAGCGCGCUGCGGCGGACAACAUCCCCGUCGAGUUUGCUCGCUCGCUGUCGCAUACGUCGACGCGGACUCGAGGAUUCACGCCGGCGAUGGAGGCUGUCACGACUCUCGCAACUUCGGUCCCGCCUCCUCCUUCGCCCGCCUCGAUGGCGCGUUCUUGCUCUCGCGAGCAGCUCGAGCUGGAGGUCGAACGUUUGCGAUCGCAGUACCAGGCUGCGCAGACGGAGCUCGUGUCGCUCAAGCCGCUCGUCGACGAGGUCGCCAAGCUCAAGACAGAAGUACAGACGCUCACGAAGCAGAACAAGUCGCUCACCAACUCGCGCGAGUCGGCACAGGCCGACCUCUCGUACAUGCAGGCGCAAUACCAGGCUGCCUCGUCGGCCGCCGUCGAGCGCGCGAACGAGUGCCGCGUCGCGGAAGCCGAGGCGUCGCGUCUCAAGGGCUUGCUCGAGACGGGCGUGCAGCAGAAGGCCAUGUUCUACGAGGGCCAGAUCAAGGCGCUCAAGGCCGAGAACGGGCGGCUGAAGAAGGAGCGGACCUUCUUGAAGGAAGAGAACCGGAGGACGCAGGAGCACCGCAUUUGCGAGAAGGCGGCUUUGUGGGACAAUCAUCUCGCCGAGAUGAAGCUGAAGCAGGAGGAGGAGGCGAAGAGGCGCGCGGGCGAGCCGGUCGAGGCGGACUCGGACGAGGAGGAGAUGAAGGUCGACCAACACGAAGCCGCCCCCGUUGCAUCCGCCAUUGACCUCUCAGCCGCCACCGACGCUUCGCAGCUCCCCUCGCACGUCGCGGCAAACUCGCUCGGCCUCGACGGACCCGCCGACAUCCUCGAGCCGGCUCAUCCGAUGUCUGCGACGCCCGAAGCGACGUCGUCGUCCACCACCUUUGCGACAUUCGACUCUCCCGCACAGUCGCUCGCCAGCGCCGUCGAGUUCCGCUGCGAAUGGCGGGUCGGGACCAGCGACUCGCAGCCCGUUCAGUGCGGCGAGGCGCGGCGGUCGAAGGACGAGUUGCGCACUCAUGUCUUGACGGAGCACCUGAGGAUGUAG